CCCGGAUUUGACCUGUUAGUGCUACUAGCAAGAACACGUAGCUAGCUAACAAAGCUUGAAAUGCAACAUCUCAAGGAUAAAGGUCCAUUUCUUCCCCCAGCGUCUCUGCGUCUGUUGGUUCCUCCGCUGCGGCUGGUGUCUGCAGCUCUAUGGCAGGUUGUUCAGCGGAGAGACGUCAUGGACUACGGCUUGGUGGAGGAGUUUGUCGUCACUGUGUUGGACGUAGUCCCAGAUCUGAUGAGUUACAGGGAGAAAGUCCAACUCAUCAUGGGUCUGAGAGCACAGCUGGUUCUGAAGUUGUUGUUCUCAGAACACCUCGCCGACUCUGACACCAUCCAGUCACACCUGAAUAGGAUGAAAACCUGUAGCAUCACUCAUAAGGACAACCAGAUUUGUGAUCCUGAGGUGGAGGCAUCAGAAUCCAACUUCCUGAAGCUGAUUAAAACACUGCAGGAAGACCCAGUUGAGAGAGAACGCUUCUUUCAGAACGUUUUUCCAGGGGAAUUCGGCCCAAAGUAUCACUCUGCACUGCAGACUCUGGUGUGGGAGUUCCUCUCCAGACUGGAGAAGCUGCUUCCAACACCGACCCUUCAACAGACUGCAUCUUGGUUUCUACCUGACCCCUCUGUCCUGGAGCAGUGUGGGCAGUCUGUGCGUCACCCUCAACCUUUGAGGACCCUUCUCCAGUACCACACCAACCUUUCUCCAGACCCACAUGUUGAGGCCAAUGACAACCACAUCCUGUCUCCAUCUCCCCGAGAGUCAUCCACUGACCAAGCUGACCCAGAGAUCCAAUCAGAACCCAUACAGACAUGUAUGACCAUUCAAAGCCCUGCAUCAUAUUGCUGUGAGUCAGAAAUGACACCUUCGCUGGAUUCCCGGGAGAGUCAACGAGGGAUUAAUUUAGACCGCACUGCAAAUGUCGUCAUUUUGCCUUCGAAUGAAGAGGCAGAGUGUGUCGACAAGGAAACUCUUGACGAAGAGAGCGAAACGGAUCAAGCUUUUCUUCACGAUCGUGCUGACAGUGGGCCGAAAAUCCAACCGGCAGCUCACCGCUUCGAAAAGGAAGCGCAGGACGUUUCUGAUUGGUCUACGUCCUGUCGGCUCCGUCAGCCCACGGUGCUGCUGCACAGACUUGACAUGACUGAUACGCUGUCACCUGUGUCAGAGGCCUUUCCAACGCCGAGCAGAGAGAGGCUUCAGAUUGACAAUGUGGCGACCCAAGGACGGAGAGGAGAACGGGUCGUAUCCCAAAAGAGCGAGAGGAAUGUCGACGUAGAGCCCUCAGAUAGCCCACCUCGAUAUCCUCUGGUCCCUGGCCCAUGCCGGACUAAGGGGCAGCCUAAAAGAAGCAAGCGUGUCAAAAUAUGCUCCUUGUGUGGGAAAACUUUCAGGGAAGCAAAGGAUUUGACGGCACACAUAACAUCUCACACUGAGCAGAGGCCUUACCAGUACACCCUGUGUAGUAGACAAGACGUUGAACACCGUGAGGACUUACAGAAGCGUCGUCAGAAUGUGUGUGAGGCGGCAGCUCAACCAGAAGAGGAGUCUGCUACAUCGACGGGGGAUUACACAGAGAUAUCUCAGCCCCGACCAGGAGCUCACCGCCUCGAAAAGGAAGUGCAGGACGUUUCUAAUUUGUGCAGGACAUCGACAUCGACGGAGGAUUGCACAGAGAUAUCUCAGCCCCGCGACACUUUACCUCAGAGAAGGCACAUGACAACCCAACACGGUAAACCAAGACAGUCUUCCAAAGUCACCAAGUGCUCCGUGUGUGACGAGACCUUCAGUAAGGCAUCGCACGUGGGAAAGCACGUGAGAUACACACAUGGGAAGCUCCUGUGCCUCAACUGUGGGGAUGUUUUUGAGAACUCCACUUUGAGGAAACACAAAAAAGUGUGUUUGAAGACAAAGAAACGUCUCUCUUGCUCUCUGUGCGGAGACACCUUUGAUCUCUCUGAGCCAAACGAGCGUGAGGACGUGAACCCACAGCAACUUCCGAGGGAGGCUCUUCCAGAGGCCAGCGCCGUUUUGGCAGCAGUAGAAAAUUCGACAGAGAUACCUCAGCCCUCAAACACAACACCCCAAAACCCAACCACCUCCAAUGCUCUGCCCUUUCAGCUAGCUAAUCAUUACAGAAAAUGCCUUUUAUGUAAAGAAGCUUUUGAUAACGCAGAAGACCUGAGAAGACAUCUGAGAUUUCAACAUGGUGUACUUCCUUACCUGUGUUUUAAAUGUGGGGAGAGUUUCCAAAGCGCCUCUGAUCAGAAGGAACACUCGGACCAGUGUUCCGGUCUAAACAUUCCAGAGUCCAGGAAGUGUCCCGGUUGCAGGACGAGGACUUCUCAAUAUAGACAGCAGCAGCAGCAGCAGCAGCAGGAAAUGACAAGUCAGGAAGUGAACCUUAAAAGACACCAGACAGCCUGGCCGCCGCUACAUACAGGGGAAAACGAGAUGGAGAUCCCACAGUCCAGCAGCACAGACGUCGUCUUCUCACAUGACUCUCGGCAACACCGGCUAAACCAAUCCGUCGAUCCAUCAAAGUUACUUGUAAGGUGCUUUUUCGAUCAGCGAACUGCUCUUACAGUAGGCCGGUCUAGACCCCGGAGAGCGAACCGCUGUGAUGAGACGGACUUUCAGACACAGCAAGACUUUAAUGAGGAAGUCAAUCCAAGCCAAACCCUAUGGGAGGUUGACCCAGCAGGUGGAAGCACAUCUCAGCCUUCAAGGGGGAACGGGAUAGAGGCUCCCCAGACCCACAGUACUGAAUCCCAGAACCCAACAACCUGCGACGCUUCCCCCACUCUGCCCCCUGGUGUGAAUUUAGAUUCUAGAACAUGUCACGUGUGUUCCAAGAGUUUUCGUAGGAAACAAUCUCUGAUUUUGCAUCUGAGACGUCACGGUGAGGGGGCCAUUAAGUGUCCCAUAUGUUCAAGGUGCUUUGGUCGCAACAGGGAUUUAAAGUUUCACCUGGCCAACAAAUCAGGUUGUGGGCCAACGCGGCGUAAUCUUACCGCCGUAAUCGUUCCCACAAAAGACACGCCGGUCUUCACUUGCCCCGAAUGUCUGCAACAGUUCACAAGCGAAAAGAAACUGAAAUCCCACAUGGUAUGUCACACAGGAGACGGGUUCUCCUGUAGCUUUUGUGGCAAAAUGUUUGCUGGACACAACCAAUUGAAGUUUCAUAUUCGUUGUCAUAGUUACAGGCCUUAUCUAUGUGACACGUGUGGCAAGGACUUCCCAUCUCAGAGUGCGUUGGAAUCACACGAGCGCGUGCACACAGACGAGCGGGCAUACUCUUGCACAGACUGUGGGAAAACGUUUAAGCGUAAGGGUACGCUGACACAACACCGACUGAUUCACACGGGGGAGCGACCAUUUGCGUGUACUCUCUGUCAGGUACGCUUUACCACCAAUAAGCAUCUGAAACUGCACAUGAUGUGUCACACGGGGGAGAGGCCUUUUAAAUGUCCGCUUUGUGGGCGGGGCUUUAGACAGAAAGGCGAUUUGAGACAACAUCAAGCUUUGUGUUCCUAGUUGCCUUUUGGGGGCUCAAGAGGUUAAGAUAAAAGAGUUCUUACGUUCUUAUUGUGUCUGUCAGUAUUCCGACCCGACGUUCUAAUUCCGUCUCACCCUGCGUUCAUAACAUCUGGUAAAUUUGUGACUACCAGCAAUCCGACUGUGUGAAGAAUCCACUUGAACGCCUCUCCAACUGGUAACUACUUGUGAAGGAAACGUAUCUGUCAUCUCUGAGCUUCCGACUUCUGCCACAUGCGGAACUCUGACGUCACAAAGGAAAUCACCUUUGAUAACAGCAUUUUUUGGCAGUUAAAUGCAACAACAAAACAUUAUUUAUAUUAAAAAAAAAAAUCUAUUAAUAUGUUUUUUUGAAAACAAGUUAGUGAGCAGGUUGCUGUACUUUCAGUUUGUGGUUGAAACAGUUUUGCCAUCCAGCCAAUCGGCAUUUUCUAAAUUGGUUCAAAGCAUGUGAAUGUACUCAACUCGUUGCGCCCAGUUUCCCGUUUUGUCGUGAAGGCAGCAUAAAGCACGUGCAUGGGAAGUGCCGCAGGUGCAUUCCAUUACGGUUUGGAACGGAGACUUCAAUUUACGAUUUUGACGAGGUUAUCAAUUAGCCAAUUAGUCUAUUAGACCAAUGUCAAUGGGGAUGUUUCGAAAUGCAAUAGACCUUAUACCACCCGUCGCAUAAAUAAGGGCAAUUAAAUACGACAUGAAUGGU